CUAGAUUUCAACCAUUUCCCCCCUUUCCACUCUCAUCUCGUUUCUUCCUCUUCUUCUCCUUCUCGAUCCUUCGCUUUUUCGUUACUGACCAGCUUGCUUGCUUGUGUGGUAAUGCGCACCCGUCGCCUGUCAUGACGCCUGCAACCACUGUCGCUCCCCCCGCCAUCUCCGGCGACCCCCCCUCGGAGCCCCGAGCAGAUGCUGUUCAAGCGCCUCGGUUGGUAACGUCGACAGAAGAAAUUCACAGCUCGAUCCGCAAGCCUGGCAGCGUCAAGAUCAAUGUGCAGGGCGCAUUCAUUGUCGAUGCCGAGAGCACCACGCCGCAGCGCACCAAUAGCCUCGGGAACGGUCGAGGUAGCCCGACACAUCACGAGACGAGCGACAUUCGCUUGCCCAACCACACAGGCGGUGUCAGUCACAUUGCCGUCGAUAUUGGCGGCUCGCUCAUCAAGCUUGUCUACUUUUCGCGCGAGCUCCCCUCGACAGACCCUGGUGGUCGACUGAAUUUCCAGCUCUUCGAAACCGACCGUAUAGAUGACUGCAUAGAAUUCAUGAAGGAUCUGCGCGACAAGCACAUUGAGCUUAAUGGACCCAGAACCGACGAGCUCGUGGUCAUGGCCACUGGUGGUGGUGCUUAUCUAUUCUACGACAAGAUCCGCGAGGCCCUCGGCAUUGAUGUUUCUCGCGAGGAUGAGAUGCAAUGUCUCAUGAUUGGCCUGGAUUUCUUCAUCACCGAGAUCCCGCGGGAAGUUUUUACCUACUCCGAAACAGAUCCUAUGCACUUUGUCACCCCGCGCGAAACCAUCUACCCCUAUCUCCUGGUAAAUAUUGGCUCCGGAGUAUCCAUGCUGAAAAUUACCGGCCCGCGGAGCUACGAACGUGUAGGAGGUACAUCGCUGGGCGGUGGUACCCUCUGGGGCUUACUCUCGCUGCUCACAGACGCAACAAGCUUUGACGAAAUGCUGGAGCUUGCUGGUCAAGGCGACAACACAAACGUCGACAUGCUGGUGGGUGACAUAUACGGCCAGGACUACGGCAAAAUUGGUCUUAAGAACACGGCCAUUGCCUCUUCCUUUGGUAAGAUUUACCGAAAGAAGCUUGAGGCCAACGCGGUGCAGACAGAGGGUGAGACAGGCAGCGAAGCUAAGCCUAACGGCACUUCCCAGAAGAAGCCCGGCUUCAACGACAGCGACAUUUCCCGAUCUCUUCUCUAUGCCGUAUCAAAUAACAUUGGCCAGAUCGCAUAUCUGCAGUCGCAGCUGCACAACCUAAACGACAUUUAUUUUGGCGGCACCUUUAUCCGCGGCCACCGACAGACAAUAAACACGCUGAGUUACGCCAUCAAGUUCUGGAGUAAGGGCUCCAAACAAGCCUACUUUCUCCGUCACGAGGGUUACCUCGGCGCUGUAGGAGCCUUCCUCCGAAGACAACCCAAGAACUGGGGCCGACGAGGCAGUCUGGAAGGCAUGGAUGAGCUACAGGAAUGGCGCGCGCAAAGAGUCGCAGCCGAAGCUUCUACCACGGUAUAA